GAAGGAGGGGCCACCGAAUUUAUCAUGGGUCUUUGAACCCUUUGCUCCCUACAUAGGAGUGUAUCCCGUACAGAAAUCCUUCGCCUGCAUAACUGGCAACUUGUCUCCUGUUUUGCCCUGCCGCGUUCCUUGUCAGCCAAACAAGCAGCCAAGCUUGGGUAGAGUGUGUGUCCUCGCCGUCUUUCCAGGGCUCUAGUACUGCGAUUGUCCGGCCGCUCGUUGCGGAUUGCUUCGGCUCAAUUUAUCGGUUCAAGUGCGACUUCUUGAGCCACGGCAAGUCCGCAAUGCCUGACGUCAAGCCCGCUCCGACCCAAUGUGUCGGGCCUGUCUACCGCUCGGAGAGCCAAAAACCGACGGCGGCAGUCUCGACGGGCGUGGAGUUUGACACCGUCACCAUCCUUCCGCAGACUCCCCAGCUGAUUGCCCUGCUCUCAAUCAUCCGCGACAGGAACACGCAGCGCGGGGAUUUCAUCUUCUACGCCAACAGGAUCAUUCGCCUCCUCGUCGAGGAGGGCCUGAAUCAUCUUCCUACUGUCGAGCACACCGUCACGACUCCAGUCGGGCGCACCUAUGAGGGUCUGGCAUUCCAGGGCAAGAUUUGCGGCGUGUCCAUCAUGCGGGCGGGCGAGGCCAUGGAGCAAGGCUUGAGGGAGUGCUGCCGGUCGGUGAGGAUCGGCAAGAUCCUGAUCCAGAGGGACGAGGAAUCGGCCCAGCCCAGGCUCUUUUACGACAAGCUGCCCGAUGAUAUCGCCGAUAGAUGGGUCCUGCUGCUCGACCCUAUGCUUGCGACAGGUGGUUCCGCCAUCAUGGCUGUCGAUGUUCUAAAGUCGCGCGGCGUGCCUGAGGAACGAAUCCUGUUCCUGAACGUGCUCGCCAGUCCCCAGGGAAUUCAGAAUUUUGCGACCAAGUUUCCCAAGCUUCAGGUGGUAACCGCGUUUGUUGACCAAGGGCUUGACGAGAAGAACUACAUCACACCUGGCCUCGGUGACUUCGGCGACAGGUAUUAUACCGUGUGAAACGCAUGUCCACUUUCAUGGGAUCAGAUAGCAGCCGCGCAAAGAAACAGCGUAGUAUUACAGACUCGCUUCGGUAAGGCGAUCUUCCGUGUCACCGGUUGGUAAUGCAACUGGUAUCGCCCGCAAUCAUUCACCGGUUUUUUA